UGUGUGCAGGCAGGGCUGUAUAUCCAGUCUGGCAGAGGGUGUGCCUGCUCACACGCCGCGGAGCCGAGCCGGGAGCAGGAGCCCUCAGACACCCUUGGCUGGGGGACGUAUGGCAAGGAGGGGUUCAGGAGAUUAACCCCAGCCCUUGCUGUCGCCUUGCGUUGUGUGCGGUCCGGUGAAGUGCAGCCCCCUGUCCCCAGCCCCACGGUCUGCUCGCAGCCAUGCUCCACUCUCCACUGAAAACAGCGUUGGCAUAUGAGUGUUUCCAAGACCAGGCCAGCUCCACGCUGGCUCUGCCCUCGGACCACAAGCUGAAAACUAAGGGCACGGGAAAACAGCGGGUCCAGGAGCAAGUGAUGAUGACGGUGAAGCGGCAGAAGCAAAAGUCGUCUGUGUCGUCGAGCGUGGGACACUCCAAUCGAGGUUCCAUGUAUGAUGGUUUAGCUGAUGGUUAUGGCUAUGGGACAUCCCGAGGCAGCUAUUAUACCAAAACCCAAACAGGAAACAGCAACUGGGGAUAUCCGCUGUACAACGGGACACUGAAGCGGGACGUGGAGAACAGGCGCUACAGCUCGUACAGCCAGAUGGAGGGCUGGGGGGGCAAGCACUACAGCAAGGCUGUCUGCAGCCCCGCCAGGGCCGGCAGCGACUACUGCUUUGUGCCCAACAUCAAGAGCAGCCGUAGCGAGCCCGACCUCUACUGUGAACCACCCCGGGGCACGCUGAGGAAGAGCCAGGUCGGGGGCCGGGCAGAGCACAAGGCAACCUUGAACCGCCAGAGCAUCUACAGCAGCUGCAGCACCCAGCAAGGAACUACCAGGACAAGUAAAAAAAUGCCAGCACGAGCCCUCUCCUGCCCCUCAAGCAACAAACCCGACGUGGUCUAUGCCCAGCCCAUGAUGAGCUGCAAGCAGGACAUGGUUUAUGGACAGGCUCAGUCCGGCUCCAAAAUAUGUGGUGAUGAGAUAGACGGCGGUACAAUGACCAUCCAGAAAGCCAUACAGCUCCUGUGCUCCUCUGAUGACAAAUACCAGGCUAUGGGUGCUUACUAUCUCCAGCACACCUGCUUCCAGGAGGAGUCUGCCAAGCAAGAGGUCUAUCGGCUGGGGGGAAUUGCCAAGCUUGUGGAGCUGCUCCGCAGCACAAACCAGAACGUACAGCGGGCAGCAGCCGGAGCCCUCCGGAACUUGGUCUUCAAGAAUCCAACCAACAAGAUAGAAACCCGGCGGCAGAAUGGGAUAAGGGAGUGCGUGAGCCUGCUGCGGAGGACAGGGAACACUGAGAUUCAGAAGCAGCUGACAGGACUGCUCUGGAACCUCUCCUCCACUGAUGAGUUAAAAGAAGAGUUGAUACAGGAGGCCCUCCCCGUCUUGACAGACUGUGUUAUCAUCCCUUUCUCUGGCUGGUCUGAUGGCACCUGCAAUAGGACAAGAGAAAUUAUUGACCCAGAAGUAUUCUUCAAUGCUACAGGGUGUUUGAGAAACCUGAGCUCUGCAGACAUGGGGCGCCAGACCAUGAGGAAUUACCCUGGCUUGAUCGAUUCAGUCAUGACUUAUGCCCAGAACUGUGUGGCUUCCAACAGACCCGAUGACAAGUCUGUGGAGAAUUGCAUCUGCAUCCUGCACAACCUCUCCUACCGCCUGGAUGCUGAAGUUCCCAACAAAUACACCCAGCUCAACCACAUGGCCCGGAGUGUUUACAUGGACAAAACUCUCACAGGCUGUUUCAACAGCAGGAGUGGUAAAAUGGAGAAUGAUGAGUACGGUGUCCCCCUUCCUGAGGAGGAUUUUAAACCCAAAGGACCCAGCUGGCUCUACCAUUCUGAUGCCAUCCGCACCUACCUGUCCCUGAUGGAUCAGAGCAAGAAGGAUGCCACCCUGGAAGCUUGUGCUGGAGCUCUGCAGAACCUCACUGCAAGCCGAGGGCUGAUGUCCAAUGCAAUGAGCCAGUUGAUUGGUUUGAAGGAGAAAGGUUUGCCUCGCAUCGCACGGCUCCUCCAGUCCAACAGCUCUGAAGUUGUGCGGUCUGGGGCUUCUUUGCUGAGCAACAUGUCCCGGCAUCCUGUUCUCCACAAAACCAUGGCUCACCAGGUGCUCCCAGAUGUAUCACGUCUCCUGUCAUUCCAGUCUGGAAAUACCAACAGCUAUGGCGAGAUCAUGACAUCAGCAUGUUACACUCUGAGGAACCUCAUCAUGUCUAACCCACACCUGGGGAAGUCUUACUUGACAAGCAACAUGCUAAAUAAUGUAGUAAGCCUGUGCCGAAAUGGCUCCUGUCCAAAAGCGGCCGAAGCUGCUCGCCUCCUCCUGACAGAUCUUUGGUCAAACAGGGAGCUCCAGAGUGUGCUCAAGCAGCAAGGAUUUGAUAAGAACAUGAUGGGAUCUUUAGCUGGAACAACCUUCAGGACCCUCUCGUCCAGGUUUUAGGAGCCCCUCCACGCACCUUUAGGCUGCAGAAUUUGGAAUUGGUUCAUGUCCAGGAAGACAACCCUUCCACAAUUACUUAGGAUGUUAAAGGUGUAGAGUGUUAUUGAGUUUAACUCAACUGUAAAGCAAACUAAACAUAUGGAUUUCAUGUGGAUGAUACUAAUAUUUUUAAGCAUUUUCUUCUUUUUAGGGGGGAGAAGGGACUUUUAUUGAGGUUAUACUUUCUCGAUGUCAAUAAUUAUGGUUUUGUUUUUGCAAAGAGUGUGUCUGUGUAACUAUGUGCAUGUCGCUGUGUAUGUGUGCAUGCAGGCAACAUACAUGCACACACGUGGCGAGUAGGAUCUUCCUACAGGCUUAGUCCCCUGUCUUCCACUGAAAGUCAGUGUGAGUUGUGCAGUUUAAUCCCCUUCGAGAGUUUUGUCCAAUGCCACCCAACCCAUGCACCAAAUACUGCCACACUACAGUCUUGUCACAACUUAUUUUUACCCACAAGUAUAAAAAUCGCCGAUUUUAGGUCAAGUUCACCCAUUGCAUAUGGCCGUUCUCAACAGAUACACACGAUACUCUUCUUUACAAAGGCUGGUUAUUCCUAACAUUUAUGAACACGGGCUUCUUUUCUACCUAUGAUUUUUUUCUCCAAUGAGCUCUUAUAGUUAUUAGCAUUUUCUUUCCUGUUACGUGAACUCUUUGUCUCAAGAAGUGAACUGAUGUCUGCAAAGUCUUUCCUGGGUCUCAGUAACCCUUCUCUGAAGCUACAUGUGAGGGGACAAUCACAACACAUCUGCAAAGCAUGAACACUACUGGGUCCCAAACCAUUCUGAGCACCGGGAC